AUGGACAGACUCCGGUUGGUGUAUUUCUGCGUUGUUGGUCUGCUGAUGGCAAUAGAUGAGAAGAGCUUUGUUUCGCAUGAGUACAUCAGGCGCAUCAUGGACAUUGAUAAGCUACGAGCUUAUCCAUGGGGUCUGCGCAGCUUUGACCAUCUAGUGGAUGGUGUGAUCAAAGCCAGAAGCGACUUGAGUAAACCAAGCUAUGUCUUGCAAGGUUUUGCAUAUGCUCUCCAGAUUUGGAUCAUGGAAGCUAUUCCAGAUUGUGGGAUUAUGUUGGGGAGGAAGCUCAAUGAGGGUCUUGUGCUAUACUCUUUCAUCUCAGCCACGGGCAACAUGGAUGUGAUACGGGAUCAAGACUUCGUCAGGACUGACGAAAUGAGGGAUGAAAGAGUUGAUCGGAUGGAGCAGCUCAUCAGUCAGAAUCAUGAUUGGAGUAAACGUCUCUGGGAAGCUGAAGAACCGGUUGACACAGCUCCUGCUCCGGCGUCUGCUCCGGCAACUGCUCCCGCUUCUGCUGCACAGACAGAGUCCGAGGUUGUGCAUAACGAGGGCGGUGAAAGCACUGAGGAUUUCAGAACGCCUUGCGGUGAGGUGACAUCGUCUUCUGGCUCGAGGACUCGAAAGAGGAAGGUCAUAGACAAAGGCGCUGAGCAACGCAAGAAGCAAUUGUUGUUUCAGCGAUCAGUUGCGAGUGCCGACCGUGGGAGUGAAUGUUUUAUGCGUAAUCUCUUUGCCGAGUAUGAGAAGAAAAUGACGGAGCAGAAAGACGAGAAGUACGAGAAGUUGGCUUCUGAUUUUGCAAAGCUUCAAGGGGUGGUGACUGAGCUUAAGGAUAUGCUCACAGAAGCAUUAUCCCGUGGAAACAACGGAGAGCCAUCCUCACAGUCAAAACCGGUGUCUCAAGUCAACUAUGAGCAAAGAAGGAAGGCACAGUUUGAUGUUUCAUUAGACAAACUGGUUGACAUUAACCUAACCCAAAGCUCGGAGAUCAACUUUGGUGAGAAUACACAAAGUUAUCUCUUCAGAAAGCAAGGCCAUCUCUCACAAGACUCCUUUGUCCCCGGAUUUGAUCCAUCCCAGCAAUCCAAGGACAAAUCUAAGAAAUCGCAGCCGAGAAACCAAAAAGCAAAGUUUCUGAAUCAUGACCACAUAUUCAAGUGGGUUGAUGAGGCUGCUCACUUAGAUGAGAUAGAGGCAUUCAAAAUUGAAAAUGCAAGACUUGAGGAAAAACUUGAAGCGGUUACAAUUGAGAGGAUGGAGUUUGAGAGGAUUGUGUUUGAGAAGGUGCAAAUGAAGAUUGAAAAGGAGAUAUUUGACAGAGUGGAAGAGGCUUUGGUUGAAUCAUCAUCUACUACAAAGGAAAUGAUGAUUGGUGCAAUCAUUUUGUGUAUGAUGAUGAUUGGGUUUAGUAAGCUAUUAAGUUGA